AUCAAACAAGAACCGAAAUUUCUUCGAUGACCGAAUUCUCCACGGAACUCGGAACAGCUGAAGUUAAUCUUACAAGUAUUACUAGCGCACCUAGUACCAGCGCAGCUGAAGAAAUGACUUGCGAUACCACAACACUUACUGUAGAAGAAAAAGAGUGCCUAAAAGAUUUGAGAAAAUGCCAAUCAGUGAUUGAUCAAAACAACACUGUUAUUAAAAACGUCAAAGAACUACACGUUCUUUAUACCAGAGAUAUCAGCAGACGUAUUAAACGCGAUCCAAAGAUGCACAACAAAAUGCGUCGCAAAGAAGAGGAACUUUUCCAAGUUAAAGCAGAGUUGCAUGCUGUUGAAGAUAAAUUACGAGACACCAAAGAAGAAUUACACAAAUUAAAAGAAAAAAGUAUCUCAGAUAGAAAUUUAGCAAGCAAGAAAGUGCAAACUCCCCAAAAAAUGAAGGGUUGUUUGGCUUGCAGUGAAUUAGCUGAUAAAGUUGAAGACUUGCAGAACAAAUUGGCUGCUAUGAAAGCUGCUGAUGACUCAACUAAGUUCCGCAUGAACAUGGAAUUUCAUAAGAUUGAAAUGGAUCAUCUCACUAGAUCUAGUCAUGAAUUAAAUAAGAAGUAUUUAGAGUUAAAGGAAGAAUAUGAGAACGUUGUGAAAAUGGUUAGAGCUCAGGAAGCAGCAAGAAUUCGUGCAGAGCCACAACCGGAACAAAGAGACCCCCACUGCGAAAUUGGUUAAAUACCUUAAAAAUCUUUUCAAGUUAUCUUUAAAUGAGUUAAUAUUUA